GUUGCAAAAAGAUAGGGGGUACAGUAUCAAUGGCACGGGUUAGGAAAGACCACGUCCCUCAGUCGUAGGACGGCAGUCACCGCGUGACGAUCGUAGUACGUAAUAAUCGUGCUAACACAUGAAAAGAGACGGAUGUGCGACAUCGUUCGCAGCCGCAUUUAUGCGCUGUCACACGCGGGAGAGUGUGUCUAUGUGUGCCUCUAUGUGUUACGUCGUGUACGUGUGUGUGCGAGUGUGUGCAAUACGACAAUAGCCGAGUAACGACGACACGACGACGACGACGACGACGACGACGACGACGACGACGACAACAACAACGACGACGACAACGACGACGAAAAAAAAAUUAACGAUUUCAACGUCAUACUAAUGUUCAAGAAAAUCGAAGUCGUCGGAUAAGUAAUAAUUAACAAUAAUAAUAAAAACGAUAUAACAAGUUUGAAAAUUUCAAUCAUUAUAGGACAUUGUCCUUUUUCAAUGUCGAUCGUGUCGUAACAGGAAGAUAAAAUAAAAAGUGGAAAAAAGGUACGGAAGAAGGAAAGAAAGAAAGAAAGAAAGAAGGGCGGUUUAGUAGGUUCGCAAGCAUCGUCGAUAAUACGGUCGCAUCGCGAAGGAAGACGCGCGCACGAUCGCCCCCUCGCGUAAACGAACGCUACGCCCUAUUCGUCUCGUCUUUCCUCUCGGCUCGUCUCGUCGAAGGUCGGCCGACGUCGUCGCGACGGACCGCGCCGACGGAUAAAACGUCUCGUCGAAGAGCCGUGGGAAUCAGCCGGCGGAAGGAAGAGCGCUGCGCGGUUCGGAGUUUUAUACUGAGAGCGAGAGAGAGAGAGAGAGAGAGAGAAAGAAAGAAAGAGAGAGAGAGAGAGAGAGAGAGAAAACGAUCUUUCGCGAGGACAAAGACGAAGGAAGACGAGAUGCUCGAGACUUGUACAAAGCUCUCGUCUGGACGAAACGGUGAAGGGUCUCUUUGAGAGAAAAAGAAAGAAUCGUUGGAAGGAGAAAGAGCACUAGAAGAAAGAAGGAGGAGAAAGAAGAAGAAGAAGAAAAGGAAGAAAAAGAAGAAGAAAACGUAAGAACGUGGCGUUGGAUCGCCAGUGGGCGAGGCAAAGAGGAAAGGACCGGAGAGAGAUAGAGAUAGUCUCACUUUCUCAUUGGUUCUCUACUUCGAAACGCGAAUUUUUUUUGUCGAAUAUGCGAUAACGCAUGUACCGGCUUGGUAAAUCGAACUUCCUACGAAGAGGAGGGCUUUCCUUGGAGUUGGAUAUACAUUGUUGGUCCAACCCUUGGGUAUCACCCUCCUGACGUGACGUAGAUCCGACCUUGCUGUCGUCUACGUCGUUGUCAUCGUUGUCAUCAUUGGCAUCGCUAUCGUCGUCACCAUUGUUGCACUCGUGUGCAUCUUGAGAGACGAAAAAACGAGAGAAUCGAGGAAACGACGUUUCACACUUCUUCACCUUCUUUGCCGAGAGGAGUCUCGGCUUCGUCGUCGUCGUCGUUGUCGUCGUUGUCAUUGUCGUCGUCGUCGUCGUCGUCUUUGUAGUCGUUGGAAUCGUAAUCGUUACGGCCACGACGAUUCCGCAAGGAUUAAGCGGGCAGCGUGGGCGGAGGGUGCCUUUGUGGGUGCCUCGGUGGACUACGCGCGGAAGGUGACACCGGAAGAGGAAGAGAGGAAAGGAAAAAGAGAAGGAGAGAAGAGAAGAGACGAAGUUUGUUCCUCCCCGACACGAUGAAAGCAUAGCGAACGAGGACGAGAAAAGGGACGCGCGCGCGCGCGCGCCAGCGAGCACGCAUUGUCCUCUCCCCCUAUUAUAUAUAUAUAUAUAUAUAUAUUUUCUAGCCUCUUCCAGCUUCUCCAGAUAGAGAUAUCCUUCUCUCUAUCUCCCCCUUUUCAAGAUGGCCGCUGCCUGCUACGAAAAGGAAUCGGUGGUGGGUGGCACGACGAUGCACGGUCAUGGCCAUCACCAUCAUCACCACCAUCACCAUCAUCACCAUCAUCAUGCCGUUAAUUCGAACUGUGGUACACCCGGGCAGACGGUCCUACCGGCCGGCUCGAGCGGUAUCCUUGACGCCGCGGCAGCCGCCGCCGUGGCCGCAGCUGCUGCCGCUGCUGCCGCCAACGGACCCGGUUCGAACUCGGCCGCCACGAGCGGUGGUACCGGCACCGCGGUGACGGCCGCAGCGGCCGCGGCUGUAGCCGUAACCACUUACAAGGAUUACAAGGACUAUUCCCAACCACUUCACGUCGAUUGCAGCGUCGAGUACGAACUACCGAGCCAGGCGAAGCCACCGCCCGGUGGUGGCGAACCCUUGCUCAUGAUACACCCUUGUUAUUAUCGACGAGCCGAACGAGAAAGAAGAAGUCCCUUCGUCAACAAUUUACCACCACCGACCAACACACACUCAAUAUCCUCCUCCUCUUCCUCGAGAAGGAUCUCAAGGCGUACCACUGCCUCUUCAGCGAACUCGGCAGUCGCAGCUGCUUCAGUAGCAGCCACAGUCGUAUCCUCCGUCUCUACCUCCACCGUUUCAUCGACUUCUGCGUGUACCGCCGCGAUGGUUGCACCAAGUACUGAGUCUCUUGGGACGAGCCUGAUAUCCUCGACCAACGGUCAGAUGUCCUCAGUCGCCGUGGCUGCCUCUUAUCGAGCCGCUCUCAAUGCCGCUGCCGCAGUUUCUCAACAGCAAGCUCAACAACAACAGCAACGCCGUCAUCAACAUCAGCAGCAACAGCAACAACAGCAACAACACGCUCUUCAUCACGCUCAGCAUCGAACUCACCCAAAUCAUCCGCAUCACCAACAACAACAACAGCAACAAUCUCAAAGUUCGAUUACGCCGACCACUUCGACUUCCGACCUCAUUUCUGCCGACGAAAAGGCAGUUAUAUCAGGUAUUUAUCAACACUACUUCCGUGCGAUGCGAGCCCAUAACCAUCAGCAUCGGCAGCAACAACAACAGCAACAGCAACAGCAGGUUCAACAGCAGCAGCAACAGCAACAACAUCAUCAUCAUCGUACGCAUCAACUUCAUCAACAGCAACCUCACCAAAGCGACAGAAGUUCCUCCUCUUCGUCUGCCACGUCAACGACCACUUCGGUGUCCGGUAUCCUACGGCAAAGCUAUCAACAAGCGUAUAGCGCAUCGACGAGCUCGAACUCGUCGACUCAUCAUCGUUCGGUCACGGCGUCCGUCCUAGCGCAUCAUCCUUACAGGCGACCAUCUUCGACGUUGUUAUCGCGAACAACGUCGCAUCUCGGGCAGCAGGCUUCCUCUUCUUCCUCUUCCAUAAACUCGUCCACCAUCAGUGCUUCCAACGGCGUCACGUCCAGUGCCGUUUCUAGCGUGUACGCCGGUGCGAUACACAGGCAUCACGCGACCUCGUUGCAUGCUCUUCAAGCGGCUGGCUUCUACGAGACACCCGGUUAUCACGCUCUCCUACCCCAAAGCUAGACGAUUGAGAACGGCUUCUCUGAUCAGCCAAUGCGUCGUUCAUUCGGAGAAUCGAUUUCUCCUUUCGACACCUCGAACCUCUUCAUUCCGGUGUCAUGAAAAGGACGGAGAGCUUAAAUUCACAACAGCUGGUGAUGAUCGAACGACUAAAUGGAAAAAGGAUGACAUUUAGUAUAAAUGUCUUCGAAAUGGUUAAAGAAAGAGAGAAAGAGAAAGAAUGCGUCAUAGGGGGAGGCAGCUGAAAUGGUUGACCCUGUGGAUCGAACGUUUCCAUCCACCUAUAGUUUCUCUCUCUCUCUCUCUCUCUCUCUCUCUCUCUCUCUCUCUCUUUCUCUCUCUUUCUUUCUUUUUCUCUUUUUAUCUCAACAUCGUCGUUCUCUAUUGGCAUGGCUCAGGUACUUGGAAGAUGCUGUUUGCACAAGAAAGAGGGAGAGACCCUAAGAGAAGAAUUCUCGUCGGAGCUCUUGCGAGCUUUUAGCUCGCGGCUCUUCUAUGCACGUCCCUUCGUUCUGUAUGUUAUCCAUUUUGAAAUUCGACGUGCCGUCACGGCCGAAGACCGACGACGAAUAUCCUCGUCGUUCCGCGAACACGGUAAUCGUGUAACCGUAUCGAUUUCCAUGGCUUAGGCAGUAUUUCCACCGGAUUUCGCUCGGUCUACUUUCGCGUAGAAUGAACGGCCCCUUCUGUCGAUAAUGAAAUCCUGAACCUUCAUUUCCUUCUUUUCUUUUUUGUUUCAAUUUGGAUCAAGAUAAUUUGUUUGUCGAUCAAAAAGUGUUUUUCCACUUGAAGAUUCGAUCGCUUUCAAUAAUGUAUAAUGAUCGUACCUAAUUGUUUACAAUCGUACAAUCUUCCGUCGAAUUUCCGUAUGAUUUUUGUAUCUACUAUAAAAACAAAAAAAUAGGAGAGAGAAAAGAUAACAAAGAAAAAAAUUAAAUUAAGCUGGUCUUAUAAGCUGGUCUUGAAAAAAAAACAAAUUAAGUCGAAAAUUUUCGAAGAAGAUUGCGUUAUUAAGAUGGAACGCGUGCGAGAAAAGUAAUAAGCAAUUUUACAGAAAUUCGAUUGGUUUCUAGAAAUCGAUCAUGCUAGAUUAGGGGAUGGAAGAAGAUGGAGGAAACUAAAGUUCUCGACGUGUGCCGUUCGAUUUUUAGCCUGUAAGAGAAAGAGAUAAAGAUAGGCUUCUAGGAGAAAAGAUAGGCGUACGGUAGUGUAGGAAAGAAAGAAUGAAAGAGAGAGAGAGAGAGAGAGAGAGAGAGAGAGAGAGAGAGAGAGAGAGAGAGAGAGAGAAAGACGAAAAGGACGGCGGCUGCGCCGAUGGAACGUCGCAACAGUCAGUAGGUACGCCCGCGGGCAUCCUUAUCCGUUCUCCUCGCUCUACCAAGACGACG